ACCUCCUGACAGCACGACAAUGUUAUCGUUUACUUAAUUGCAUGACAGUUCGAGUUUUCCACGUUUCGACUGUUCAAUUGCAAUUAAAUGAAUGCACGACGAUUAAAGUAUCUAUUAUCCACGUAUUUUAUUAAUCUUGAUUCACGACAGAAAACGACAGAAAAACAUUUCUCAUUUGUAUACAUACUGGGUUCUUAUUAUUCAGUCGUGGUCGCGACGUGAAGGUUAAUGAAUCAUAAUAAUGACUAGAUAUAAUACAGAAGUUCAGUUUAUAGAAGCUGUGCCUGCCAAGGAGACUUCAUAAACAUCCCGUAGUGCCUUCGUGUCACGUUUGCCGAAGAAUAUCAACUAACAAUAUUGGAUAUUAAUUCGUAAUAUUCUCAAAAACUAGGACGUGGAUUUGUCCUGUGAACAGUUUUGCCGAAGAAUAUCAACUAACAAUAUUGGAUAUUAAUUCAUAACAUUCUCAAAAAAUAGGACGUGGAUUUGUCCUGUGAACAGUUUUCAAAAUGAAAUCACUAAUUGUCUUUUUAUCUUUGUGCAUUUUAUCUUGUGCAAUUUCACUCGAUUGCGAUCCAAUUGACGAUUUGAACACAGCACAAUUGAUAAGAAAAGAAGGGUAUCCUGCGGAAGCUCACAUCGUGGAAACGGAGGAUGGAUACCUCUUAACGAUGCACAGAAUUCCAGGAAAAUCUGGAUCACCUGCGAUCAUUUUGCAACACGGUGUACUCGGCAGUUCGGCCGAUUGGGUUAUCCUCGGGAAAGGAAAAGCUCUUGCUUAUUUGUUAGCCGACGCGGGCUACGAUGUGUGGCUUGGAAAUUUUCGCGGGAGCACUUAUUCAAGAGCUCACGUUAACAUGACCACCUGCGACCACAAAUUUUGGAACUUCAGCUGGCACGAAUCAGGCAUCUAUGAUCUUCCAGCGAUGAUCGAUUACGUGGUGGGACAGAAACAUCACUAUUUAAGAGCGUACAUUGGAUUUUCCAUGGGCACGACGGCUUUCUACGUAAUGGCCAGUGAAAAACCGUUUAUGACGAAAUAUUUGCAAUCGGUGUACAGUUUGGCUCCCGUAGUCUACAUGAAACAUGUGCAAAGCCCGUUGAAAUAUUUUUCAUCGAUCGCGACUAACUUUAAGGAAAUCUCCUACUUGCUCGGAGAAACUGAAUUCUUACCGCAAGACCAUGUUGUGAAAUAUUUAUCAAAAACAUUGUGCGACUUGUUUCGAUGGGAGGAGAAAAUUUGUGCGAAUCUGAUGUUCAUUUUCACGGGGUUCGACGAGACUGAGUUUAGCUAUUCUUUGCUGCCUUUGAUUUUGAGCCACACGCCUGCAGGCACCUCCACUAAGACGAUGGUCCAUUUCGCGCAAGAAAUUCAAUCAGGAUACUUUAGACAAUACGAUUACGGGGAAAUAGGGAACAUGCUGAAGUAUAAAAGUGUUUCUCCACCUGCGUAUAAUUUGUCACAGAUCACGGUGCCAAUAACAUUGUUUUGCGGUAGCAACGACUGGUUAUCCAGUUCCGAGGAUGUGAAGCGCCUAGUAAACGAACUACCCCAUGAACCGUCCAUUUACAACGUGCCAUACGAUAACUUCAAUCACAUCGACUUCUUAUGGGCUGUCGACGCUCCAAAAUUAGUUUAUAAAAAAUUGCUGGCGAUGCUUAGCGACGGCAUGUAACAGAUAGCAUUUAGUUCCUCUUCAAUUUUUAAUUAUAUUACGUGAGAAUCUCAAACACCAAUGAUUUAAUAGUGAUUUACACGAAAAUUUAUUUAAGAAAAUUAAAUAGUAAGAAAAUUCAAGUCACAAAUUUAAUUCAUGUUAUUAUUAAUAGUAUCAUUUGUAUUGAUCAUAGUUUCUAUGUCAUUUACGUUGCCAUAUAUAAUAGAAGAAAUAAUUGUGUUCUACCGAUGUCUCUCUAUUUUGUUUGCUUGUCGACUGAUAAAUGCGAGUGGGACAUUAAAUAGUAAGUAAACUAACUACUAAGUAGGAAAAUGAUUAACUUAAAAUGUUCCUUUUUAUUUUGUUACGUGAACAAUAAAGUAUUUGCAAAAAUUAAUAAUGAA